UGUGUGUGCGAGCGCGCGCGCGGCCCCCCUCGCCAUCAGCGUGUGCCUGUGUGCGUGCGUACACGAACAACAAAAAUCGAACGGCCAUUUUAUUGUUUUGCAAACGACGACAACGCACGAAAGGAUAAACCUGCUGCUGCUGCUGCUGCCGCCACCGCCGCCGCCGCUACAGAUCCGUCAUCCCAUAAAACUGCCAGUGUUGCCAAAACAGUUUAUAAAACCCGUCCGAUCGCGGGCGAUCCGUCACCGCGGUUCGCGCCCCACGGUCGUUGUUGCCGCGCAGUCUCGCCCAUACGGUCUCUGUUGUAUACACUUUAAUAAUAUUCCGAUACCACCGCCUGUCGUCUGUAGUCGUGUUUAGUGUUUACGGGUUUACGACGACGCCAACAACAACAACGAAAACGAUAAUAAAUCAGAUCACUGCACUACGCUAUCACGAUGUGACUUGUUUCCAAUUGUUAUAACUACCUACCACAAGUCGUCUUUAAGACCUCUUAAUCGUUUUUUCCGCAAUAGUGCAUACUGCAGCAUUGUGCCGAGUGAAAUGUAUUAGUGAUCAGUAAUUACGUAUCGUAUAUUUUGUGAUUCGGGCGUGUUUGCUAAAUUUUGUUUAAUUGUCCACCACAACGGAUUUUAAAUAAUAGCUUUGUUGAUACACGUUUUUAUUAAUUUCUACACCGUAAGAACGGUCAUUAUCAAUUUCCGUUCUUACGUUAGGAUUGUAGUGUUCAUAAAUAGUGUACAAUCGAUUAUUAUUGGAAUAAUAAUGCAUAUAAAAAAUUAGAAUGGAAGAAAAGUUUAAUGCUGUCGUACCAGUCAAAAAAAAUCCCCGUGGAAAGUUUGUUGGCUGUCAACAGAAACAAAUGAUUAUCAAUUUGUACAUAUCGAAAAUGUCAGAGCAAGCCACACUGCCAGAUCAACGACGCCUUAAAUACAUAGACCUUAUCAAAUUGAUGUCACAGGAAACCGGUAUUGGUCAACGCACAAUUUCAAUGACUUUAUCUGAAUACAAGAAAAAAGGUACCAUUUCUUCUCCUAAUAGAAAAAAAGUAAGACCAAAGUUAACUGAAAAAGUUGAUGAAUUUAACAAAAAUGCUAUUCGACGAAAAAUACACGGGUUUUGGCAUCGUAAAGAAUUUCCAACUUUUGAAAAAAUAAUGGCAUCAAUUAAUGACGAUCCCAACUUAUCGAAUUUUUCGCGUUCAUCUUUGCAAUUAUUAUUAAAAGACUUAAAUUUCGUAUACACUAAAAUAAAAAGAAAUUUUGCUUUAAUCGAAAGAGGUGAUAUAGUCUGCUGGAGACAAAAGUACUUGGAAUCUAUUAGAUAUUAUCGUAGCCAUGAUCGUCAAAUUUAUUAUCUUGACGAAUCUUGGAUAAACGUAGAAGAAUCAGCUAAAUCAGUCGAUACUACAAUUCAAUCUGGACAAAAGAAUUUAUCAGGUAAAGGAAAACAAUUAAUUGUUGUCCACAUAGGAUCGUCUGAUGGAUUUGUUCCUGGUGGUCUUUGGUAUUUUGAAUCAAAAAACAAUUCUAGCGAUUAUCAUGAUGAAAUAAAUGAUGUUACAUUUUACGAAUGGUUUAGUGGCAUUAUAUCGUUGUUAGAAGACAACGCAGUGAUCGUUAUGGAUACUGCAUCGUACCAUUCGGUUCAAAAAGAUACGUUUCCCCUCGUUUCGUGGGAAAAGAGUAAAAUUAUUAAAUGGUUGGAGGAUAAGGGAAAGUUAAUUCAUCGACCCAUGGUUAAACAUCAACUAUUAGAGGAGGCAGAACAAUUUCGACCGAUUUGUGAAAAGUAUGUAAUUGAUGAAUUAGCAAAAGAAAAUAAUAAAAUAGUACUUAGGCUACCUCCAUAUCAUUCUGAGUUAAAUCCUAUGGAGUUAGCAUGGUCCUUUGUCAAACGCUAUGUCAAAACAAAUAACACGACAUUCAAAUUACCAGAUGUACAAAAACUACUACAUGAAGGUGUGGAACUAGUUACACCUCAGUUGUGGAAAAAUUUUAUAAAUCAAGUCAUCAAAGAAGAAGAUCAAUUCUUUGAAAUCGACUUUAUCACGGAUGAACUUUUGGAAGCGGAACUCAUGGAACCCAAUACUUUACAUUAUGUAACCAUAAAAGGCGAUAUCUCUGAAUCUGGAUCUGAAUUUGAUGACUAAUAAAAUAUUGUUAAUACAAU